AUGCCUAAAUUUGAGGCCAUGUUUGACACUAUUGUUCAACAAGUGUUAGACAAUUCACUAAACGAUGAUAUCAGAGAUCAAUUGAAACCAUUGAUUAGGAAAAUUAAUAAUGAUGAGGAGGAGGACAGUGAUACCAGAAUCUAUGCACUUGGAUGGGCACAUGUAUUCAUGGCCUACUAUAUUGUACUACUCGAUGAUAUUAUGGAUGACAAUCAAUUGGCUGGUGAUAAACAAUGUUGGCAUACAUUGCCCGGUGUUGGUAUGACUGCCCUAAAUGACAGUACAAUAUUGAUGACUGCUAUCAAUACUAUAAUUAAACUGUAUUUCCGUAAUCAACCCAAUUAUGUUGAUAUUAUUGAAUACAUUCAAAAGAUUAUAGGAAAUGUUGCCUAUGGACAAUUACUAGAUUUACAGUUUACUAAAUCAUAUAAAUCUGAUAUUGAUUUAAAUAGUUAUACUAUUGAACAGUUAACUAUUAAUACAAAAUAUAAGCAUGCUUAUUUUGUUGUAUUAGGACAGUUUCAGCUUGCAAUAUAUGCAAGUGGCAAAACUAAUCUAGAUAAUGACCAUGAUCAAAUUGAACAAUCCCUGACCAAACUGGCCAUUUUGGAUGGCUUUUUCAAUGAUUACGAACAUUAUUUUAAACCCGAAUCAACUAUAAUUGAUGAAUUAUUGAAAUACAAGGACCAGGUUUUCGAUGAAAUUGAGAAAACCAUUGUCAAGGACUUUGAUGAUAGCAAUAAUGAUGUUAACCUAAGUGUAAUGUUUGCCAAUUAUUUGUGUCUAUUUCAGCUGUUUAUUGAUAGAGCCAUACAAUUUGAAAAUAGCAAUAAUAAUGAAUAG